AUGACAGUACCAAGCACAUGCGCAACAGCGGUAGGCUCUGUGCGAGGGAGAGGCGGCGUAUUCCCUCCCCCCUACCCCAAAACACGUAAGGUGGCAGAUAAAGCCUCCGGCGUGGUUCGCGUUACACAGCAAUGCGCGGCACUGGGGGCCUAUGUCACACUGUCCAUUUUAACAGUGUUUUGGACCAAGUACCUUGUUGCAGGAAAGGUCCCCACCCCUCUCUUUCUGUCGUGGGUGCAGCAGGCAGUGGGAUUGGCAGUCUACUCGGCUGUGUCUGUCAUUGUUGCAGCCCUAAGCAGCCGGCGGUCAGCCUGUGGAAGAGCCCUUGCAGCUGCAUUCCCACCAAUACGGGUUAAAGGCCGAGUCAUGCUUCGGGUGUUACCCCUGUCCCUGUGUUUUGUCGGGAUGAUAGGCUCUGCCAACGUGUGUCUGCAGCGUGUUCAAGUCAGUGUAUAUCAGGUGGCACGGUCACUGACCCUCGUUUUUUCGCUUCUCUUGUCGAUAUUUUGGCUGAAACAAAGGGUGCUGAAGGGAGAGGUCUUUUCCUGUCUUCUGGUUGCCUCGGGCUUCGCUCUCAUGACGGCAGUAGGAUCCGAUUCUGCCUCCCUUACGGGGUACAUCAUGGGGGCCUUGGCCUCUCUGUUUCAAGCUGCUUACACAGUGCAAAUGAAGGCGACAUUGAACUGUCUAGAGGCGGAAGAGGAGGAUCUUGUUCACGGCCCCAAAGUGCGCUCGGCGUAUCAGCUCAUCAGCAGCAGCUCCACAGACGCAGUUCCUAGGAAUGGAUACGCAUCCACGCAUACAAAUAGCAAGGGCUCAUUCGCAGAACGAGAAAGAGCCGCUUCCCCUCACAUUACUGCGGUCGUCGUCAAGACAUCUGGAGACGUCUGCAAAACGGCUGAGAGUGGCAGGGGCGUUCGCAGCCUUAGGGGUGCAGACACUCCAAUGGAGGAGCUUGCUUUCUCGGAGAGAAGCGAACUUGAGCCUUGCAAGUCGAUCCAGCAAACGGAACAACCGAGACACCCGCGCUCUGAGUGCACCAGCGCUGUUCGGUCUUUUACUGAGCUGGAGGAAGUAGAGCAGCAAAAUCAGCAGGAAUUCGCAUCUGGCACCACUAGCAAGGGUCUCACGGAGAGGAAGGAGCCUCGGGCUCGCGUUGAACCUCUCUGUGUUUUUUAUAACAUGCUAAAUGCGAUAUGUCUCUUUCCGAUCGUCUUGCUUCUUUCAGACGAGCCACGAGUACUCUGGAAUCUUGCUGCAGAAGGAACGGCGAUGAAUUCCACAGUUAUUUCGCAAGUGCUCGGACUGGGUAAGCCCAAAAUCAGGGUGGCGUAA